CCGCACAGCAGCCGUACAGCAGCCGUACAGCAGCCGUACAGAAGCCGUACAGCAGCCGUACAGCAGCCGUACAGAAGCCGUACAGAAGCCGUACAGCAGCCGUACAGAAGCCGUACAGAAGCCGUACAGCAGCCGUACAGAAGCCGUACAGCAGCCGUACAGCAGCCGUACAGAAGCCGUACAGAAGCCGUACAGCAGCCGUACAGCAGCCGUACAGAAGCCGUACAGCAGCCGUACAGAAGCCGUACAGCAGCCGUACAGCAGCCGUACAGAAGCCGUACAGCAGCCGUACAGCAGCCGUACAGAAGCCGUACAGCAGCCGUACAGCAGCCGUACAGAAGCCGUACAGCAGCCGUACAGAAGCCGUACAGCAGCCGUACAGCAGCCGUACAGCAGCCGUACAGAAGCC